AACCGGAAGUCGAGCUGCACCACUGUUAAUGCUAGCAGCAGCUUUGUAUUCGUGUUAGACUCCUUUGGUAGUUGUGUUUUAAUGUAGGAUUUUUAAAGCUUUCUUAAAGAUAAUUACCGUUCCCAGACAAUUGUAGGAGGUGAAUCUUGGCACCAUAGAAACAAUACGUUUUGAAAUUCAUUACUUCGACGAAUCUACCUCAUUCCUACGACAUCUGUUUAUUGUUUGUUUAGAAGAAAACUGGUUUCUUUGAAAAGCGUGGCAUUGCUUGCUUCUCUCGUUUAUUAAUUAUUUGUACAAAACCCAACUUUUUUCCCUUCCACUUUUCUUUAAUUUUAGAAUAGUAAAGAGCUGAAAAGAAUUCUCUUUAGUAUUUAGUGAAAUUGCUGUAUUUUACAACGAUUCGAAACGGUAUAUUUAAAACUGUAGACCCACUUCUGUGUGCGUGUGUGUGUUAAUUACGAAUUUGGUUCACUGAGUGUCACUUGUACUUUUCUCAGUUUUCCAUUUUUCUCUUUUCACCAAAAUGACUGAAAGUUGUUCGCUUUGCUAACAGCUUCCUUCCUUUCAUUUUUCUAUCUCACCAAUGUAAACAAUACCAUAUAACUUUCCCAAAUAAUUCUAAACAAGAGGAAACCAAAUAUUUUACAAGAAACAGCUACAGAAGCAGCUGUUUCUUAGCAUUGUCAACAAAUGGCUACACUUGACUCCUUAUCUACGCUAAACGGAAUUUUGGAAGAAUGGAAUCGCACCUCAAAAGAGAGCAAUAUGAACCCCGUUCCUAUACUCACGAGGAUGGCUGAGUUAAUUGAAAAAGAAACUGAAGCAUACUUUAAAAUGGAUCCAGAUCCUUUUGAUGAUCGCCAUCCAGGUAUUGCCAAUCCUAAUUGUACAUUAGGUCACUUAAUGAAAGCUCUUUUUAUUAAUGAAGCUUUUAUGAGUAAAAUUGGCACCUACAUAAUGGAGGGUGGCUGGGAAAAAAAAGAAAUUCAUAUUGCAGCCUGUCGUCUGUUGCUAGAUAUCAUCAAUGGCUUGGAGACUUCUGACGUAUUCCAAGGAACGGAAGGUCUUGUGACUCGCCUCUUCCAGUGGGCUUCGACAGAUGAAGAUCCUUUGUGCUACUAUGCAGUAGGAUUGUUAGCUCUUGCUAUGGAAUUACAAGAUGUUGCCUCAAAUUUUAAAGAUGAAAAUGCUGUCCUGGUUGCCCAACUAUUAAACAAAUUGCACAAAUUAAGAUCUGAAUCAUCCAAGGAACCUCUGGAAACAACUGAAAAAGAGAAAGCAUGUGAUAAUAGCAGCAGCACCAAGGAAAAAUCUCACUUCCAUAUGUUUGCUAAAACACAUGAUGAAGACAAUACUUCUAAUGCGUCGUCAGAUCUUGUGUCUCUCCCCUGUACCCCUAAAAGUGUUCCAUCUAACUCUUCUACAUCUACCACCGUAACUCCUUCCGAUAAUAAAAGGAAAAGUUCAUUUACCAAAUCAGAAAUACAGGAGAAAAAACUCCGAAUAUGUGAAAAUUCCUCAGAAGCUAAUGAUGGAAUUAAGAAACCAUCUUUGAAGUUAUCAUUGUCACCAACUUAUUUUAGUUAUGAUUCAUCUAAUGCUGUUACUACUCGGCGAGAGUUUUGUCCCCAAAAAGAAGAAUCUAGUAACAGUAGCUGGUCUGAAAUGAUGUCCUAUGUUAUUGGUUCUUAUUGCAUGGAUCCUAUGAGUGCUUCCAUGAAGCAAAGACUUAUUCUACACUAUUUGAUACCAAUGGGAGAAUAUCAAGAGUUGUUAGGGCUUGCUAUUCAGUAUAGAGCAAUAGACCUAAUUAUGCAUUACAUCAACUUGAAAGAAAACAAGGAUAUUCGUCUUGCAUUUGAAGCUCUCAAAUACCUUGCAACUUUGAUCUGCCAUAAAAAGUUUGCAACCAAAUUUUUAAAUUCAGAUGGUGUUCAACGACUUUUAGAAGUUCACCGACCUUCCAUUGCUGCUACUGGAGUUUCUCUUUGUAUAUACUAUCUUUCUUAUUUUGAAGAGACAAUGGAAAGGGUAUGCUUGCUCCCUGAACAUGUCCUCUCAGAACUUGUGAACUAUGUGUUGUGGUUACUUGAAUGCUCACAUGAGUCUAGUCGUUGCCAUGCUGCAAUAUUCUUGGAUCAUGCAUUCGCUUUCCGGAUCAUUCUAGAUUUAUUUGAUCAGAAAGAUGGGCUCCGUCGUUUAAUUAAUGUGGUGAGCACACUGCCCAUUUUAUAUUUUGAUGCAUCAGUUGAACAACCAAUGGAAAACAAGCUCUAUACAAUGCGACAGAUAGCUCGCUAUGUUUGUAUUGCUUUUAAGAAAUACAUGGAAGCUCAUUUGAUUCUACAUGCAGAUGAAAUAAGGCGAUCUCACCUGCGUAACGAGAAUGGCUCUCCUGUUACUGAAAUGCCUGCAAACAAGGCAUUAAAGUUGACAUUUGAAGUGGUGCAAGAAAACAUAGAAAUGUUACUUGAUCUAAUGCCUGUCCGAAUGGUCUGGCGUCCUGUUGCUCAAUUCAAGCAGCUUGGUGGCAUAAGCCUAGUGAUUCAGCUGUUAGCUAUUGCACAAAACUGGAACAAUUAUCCCAGCAAGUCUGAAACCUUGUGCAGUGCAAUGGAUGUCUUAGCAGUCUGUACAAUUAUGCCUCAGUGCCAACUUGCUAUGCUUGAACCCCUCCCAGUAGGCUUGGAGUUUACAGCCUCUGCUAUCAACAUAAUGAUUGGUCUGGCUGAAGGCAAAACUGUUCAAGACCCUGAGGUACAAAAAUCUGCUUUAAAUGUCAUCAUAAAUUGUGUCUGGGGACCAAUGGAAAGGCUUGGCGGUGGAGUAGGUCGAUUCAAAGGAUCUGGUUCUAAAAAGAGGAUUAAUUGGAAGGUUGGAGAAGAUGUCUUGGGUAAAAUGUGGGAUGGAAUUAGAGGAAACAAUGGCAUCAUGGUUCUUCUGAAGUUAUUAUCUCAGAAAACUCCCAUUAGUGAAGCUGAUAAUAUUCGUGCUUUAGCGUGUAAAGCUCUUGUUGGUUUGUCUCGGUCCGAAACUGUUCGGCAGAUCAUUGGGAAACUUCCUUUAUUCAAUAAUGGUUUAUUACAACAGCUUAUGAAAGAACCUGUUCUUCAAGACAAGCGACAAGCACAUGUAAAAUUUUGCAAGUAUUCCAAUGAAUUAAUUGAACGUGUGUCUGGAAAACACCAUAAUGCAAAUAUUGAAGCUUCUCUUCAAGACAUCAGGAAGGCUGAUAUUGUAGCUCAGACGAAAAUUACUUUCCAGAAGAGAGAAUUAUUUCAUUUGAUUCACGAGUAUCUUUUGUCUGAAGGUUGUGUCAAUUCAGCAACAGCCCUUCAGACAGAGGCUAACUUGCCUUGCAAUAUGUCCAUUCCUACAGUCCAUCCAACAAACCCGCUGAUUAACCCAAUUAUGACCACACCAAAAGCUUCACGUCAAUUGAGUCCAUUACCAACUAGUCACAAUUCUAACCAAACACCAUCUCUAUUAUCACAUUCCUCUGGUGCCAGUAUCCUCAACUCCAAUGGCACUUUAGGUCCUGUAAAGUUCUCACUUAAUCGACACUCUGCUGCUUCUCCUGUAAUUGCUUCAACACCAACUAUCAAAGCCAACCAGGCAGCUAAUGCCAGGUCUCAGUUUACGAAAGAUCGACUAGAAGACAUGACCAUCAUGAAAAAUAUGAUUCACAAACACCAUUCUGAUAAUGAGGUAACAUUGGAUGGCAUUGUUACAGAAUAUCUCAGGAAACAACAUGCACUCUGUAAGAACCCCAUGGUAACGUGUCCCCCAAUGUCACUCUUCACUCCUCAUAAAUGUCCUGAUCCUCGAGGAAGUAGAUUUGCUCCUACUUGCAUUACAGCUAGAGUUAAUAGAGCUAUGAUCUCUCCUAAAUUUGGUGGUAUUGAUGGAUUUAAGUGUCACAAAAAAUAUGUUUACAGCAGAUUCAAACCUAUCCGCACAUUCCGUGAUCCAGAUGAAGAUGGUUAUUCUUCUUGUACAUUUAUUUCUUCCAGUAAUUUUCUUCUUCUGGGUACAUAUUCCGGUGAUUUAAAGCCUGUUAAUAUUCAAACUGGAGAGGAGGGCCGAAGUUAUAACUGUCACUCAUCUCCUAUCACAAACUGCCGACAGACGAAGGAUGGUAACCUUCUGGUUACUUCAGCAUCAUGGGGAACACCUCUUUCUUCUUUGUGGAAAAGUUUAGACAGACUUGAAAACCAGAAAAAUUUCCCUGAAGACAAUUAUAUGGAAUUUAGCAAAAAGGUGCAGGAUAAACUCAUUGGAACGCGGGAAGAGAAAGCUUAUAUCUACGACAUAAACACAGGUCAGCAAAUAAUGGAAAUAUUUGAUCAAGAAAAGGCCAACUACUACACAUCAAACCGAGCCACAUUUGACCCCUCUGAUGAUCUGGUGCUUAAUGAUGGUGUGUUAUGGGACGUAAGAGUUGGUAAAGCUGUACAUAAAUUCGAUAAGUUCAACGCAGCAAUAAGUGGACUUUUCCACCCAAUGGGGCUGGAGAUCAUCAUUAAUUCAGAAGUUUGGGAUAUGAGAACAUUUAGACUUCUUCAUACUGUACCUAGUCUUGACCAAUGUCAGCUGAACUUCAACUACACAAAUGAAAUAAUUUAUGGCACAAUACACAUGUUAGAUGAGCGUCGACGGGACAAGCGGUACAACAGCAUAUAUGCUUCUACAUUCAGAACAUUUGAUUCUCGAGACUACAGCUGCAUAUCAACAUAUGAUGUCAAGUCAAGAAGCAUCUGUAACCUUGCUGCAGACACCCGAGAGUAUCAUAUUGCAGUAGUUGAGACUCAACAAUAUGGUGAUACAAAUGUUGAAGAAAAUGUCUGCAGAUUGUAUGAGAUUGGCAAAUUAAAAGAUGAUGACGAUGACCAAGGUGAUGAUGAUGAUGAUGAUGAAGAUGAGGGAAUUGACGAUGAUGAUGAUGACGAUGAUGAAGAUGAUGACAUUGUCCAUGUAUCAGCUUUAGGUGAUGGAUCAAGUGAUAUAGAAGAUGAUGAUGACGACGAUGACGAUGAUGACGACGACGAUGAUCUUGUUGAUAAUUUGCUUGGUUCUGGCGAUGAAAGUGAUAUGAACGAAAAUGACAACGAUUUUGACGACAAUGUCUUAUUUGAACUCUCUUCUGACUUGUGAUAAUUUCAAAAUGGAAUAUUCAUCAUGACCAAAUUGAAUUUGGUUUUUAAUCUAAAUAUAUCUCCAAAGUUGUUGCCAACUCAAAUAUUUUUUACAACAUGGAUCACUCAUUGAUCCGUCAGUUUGACAACAAUUGGG